GUGGUCAGGAGGACUGAAGUAUUGAACCACUAUGAGGGAAAUCGUGCACAUGCAGGCAGGCCAGUGUGGAAACCAGAUCGGAGCCAAGUUCUGGGAGGUGAUUAGUGACGAACACGGCAUCGACGCAUCAGGAACGUACUGCGGGGACAGCAAGCUGCAGCUGGAACGGAUCAACGUGUACUACAACGAGGUAGCCGGGGGGAAGUAUGUUCCCCGAGCUGUGCUGAUAGAUCUGGAGCCAGGAACCAUGGACUCAGUGAGGUCUGGUCCCAUGGGCCAGCUCUUCAGACCAGACAACUUUGUCUUUGGUCAAACAGGAGCGGGAAAUAACUGGGCCAAAGGUCACUACACCGAGGGAGCCGAACUGGUGGAGUGUGUCCUGGACGUGGUCAGGAAGGAGGCCGAGGGUUGUGACUGUCUGCAGGGCUUCCAGCUCACUCACUCUCUGGGAGGAGGAACUGGAUCCGGUAUGGGAACCCUGCUCAUCAGUAAAAUCCGAGAGGAAUAUCCCGACCGGAUCAUGACCACCUUCAGCGUAGUGCCCUCACCAAAAGUGUCAGACACGGUGGUGGAGCCCUACAACGCCACCCUGUCCGUCCACCAGCUGGUGGAGAACACCGACCAGACCUUCUGCAUCGAUAACGAGGCCCUGUACGACAUCUGCUUCCGCACGCUCAAACUCAACACACCGUGCUACGGCGACCUUAAUCACCUGGUCUCGGCCACCAUGAGUGGUGUGACCACCUGCCUGCGCUUUCCCGGUCAGCUCAACGCUGACCUGAGGAAACUGGCCGUCAACAUGGUGCCCUUCCCCAGGCUGCACUUCUUCAUGCCAGGAUUUGCCCCCCUGACCAGCAGGGGGAGCCAACAGUACAGGGCUCUAACAGUUCCCGAACUCACCCACCAAAUGUUUGAUGCCAAGAACAUGAUGGCGGCCUGUGACCCACGACAUGGACGUUACCUCACGGUGGCAGCCAUCUUCCGAGGACGAAUGUCCAUGAAGGAGGUGGACGAGCAGAUGCUCAACGUGCAGAACAAGAUGAGCAGGUACUUUGUGGAGUGGAUCCCCAACAACGUGAAGACGGCCGUCUGUGACAUCCCCCCCCGAGGUCUGAAAAUGUCUUCCACCUUCAUUGGGAACACCACAGCCAUUCAGGAACUGUUCCGACGCAUCUCAGAACAGUUCACCGCCAUGUUCCGUCGGAAGGCCUUCCUCCACUGGUACAUGGGCGAAGGCAUGGACGAGAUGGAAUUCACAGAAGCUGAGAGCAACAUGAACGACCUGGUGUCCGAGUACCAGCAGUACCAGGACGCCACUAUUGAGUACGACGGUGAUAAUGACAGUGAUGAAGAAGAGGAGGGGUAGACGCCGACGGAGACCUUUUAAUGGACCAAGAAGACAAAGUAGUAGAGGAACAUCAUGAACGUCUCAGAGGAGGACAAGGAAAGGUAACGUUUGAAGCAGGUAAUGACGCAACGGCCGGAAAGUGACAGCCGUGGAGAGUCAGACGACAAACGCAGGCAUCCAGUCAGAGCCCCCCAGUAGAACCGGUACCACAGGUGGGGUGGGGUUCUGGGUCUGUUGGUUUGACAAAAUGAAGGCCAAUCCAGUGUAGUGCUUCCAAACAGCCCACAGGUAAUCUGACAACCGCUCAUGUUGACCAAUCAGAGUUAAGCUCUGUUCCAUUUGAGAGCUCUUCACAUUUUCAAGCAGGUUUUUGUCACAAAGAAACAGAACUUUUCCAGGGCAUGUGGUCGUGUCACCAACUAACUAAUAACCUUAAAACCCGUUUGGGUUCCAGGCGCCAGGAAGUUCCGUGUAGGUUGUUUAUCCAGGAACUUCGUUGAACCUGAAGAAAUGAUAUCCUAAAAUACUCUGAGACACACUAAGAUCAUCGGUGAACAUUUACACCUGACUGAUUUUAUCGCAGUAGUUCCAUAAAACUGUUAAAAACUCUACAUUAGCGCAGCGUUUCCUAAAGACAAUAA